AUGCCAAACCAAAUUUUAAAAAUAUCUAGUAUUGAUGAAGACAAUACCAAAAACAUUUUCAGAACUGCAUAUUUUAUAGCGAAGAACCAGAGACCUUUUACAGAUAUGCCUAAGCUUGUAGAUCUUCAUCAAAUUAAUGGUCUAAAUAUGGACCGUAUCCUUCAAACAAACAAAGCCUGUGGUGAUAUAAUUGACCAUAUAACCUUACAAAUGAGAAAAAAGUUGUGUAGUGAAAUUGUUGUAAACAAAAGAAAACUCUGUAUUAUUGUAGACGAAUCUACUACCUUAAGUCAUAAAACAAUGCUAGUAAUUUGUCUAAGGGCUGCAAUAGCUAGUGAUGAAGAAGUAAUAACAUUUUUUUUUGAUAUUGUAGAAUUACCAAACACAACUGCUGAAACUAUAUAUAMUAUUAUCCUAAAUAAUUUAUCGAAAUAUGGCUUAACACAUGAUUAUUUAAAACACAAUUUGGUGGCAUUCGUAAGUGAUGGUGCAUCAAAUAUGUUGGGGAGGAUUUCAGGAGUUGGUAUUAAAUUACAAAAAUUGUACCCUAAUGUUAUUGUUUGGCAUUGUUGCAAUCAUAGAUUGGAGUUGGCAGUGUCUGACACCCUAAAAGAAGUGCAAGGAAUAAAUCAUUUUCAACUUUUUAUAGAAAAACUCUAUUCAUUAUACCAUCAAUCCCCUAAAAAUACAAAUGAGUUAAGUUUAUGUGCUGCAUCAUUAGAGGAAAAACUAUUGGUAAUUGGAAAAAUAUUUACUAUCAGAUGGGUAGCUUCUAGGGAACGAACGUUGAAAGCUGUUUGGAAUAAUUACUCUGCACUGUAUGAACAUUUUUUAAAAGCAUCAAAUGACUGCCAUAGAGACUCAAAAGAAAAGGCAAAGUACAUAGGAUUGAAAAGAAUUUUGGGUUCAGUUGAGUUUGUGCAUAAUUUAGGUGUUAUGCAUGAUGGUUUAUCUGAAUUGGCUAACUUAUAUUUGCAGCUUCAGAAUAGAAGUAUAUCUCUUUGGAAUGCCAAUACUUGCAUUGAGCGUACAAUUCGUGUACUUAAUUCAAUGGCCGAUCAACCUGGACCAAGAGCUGAAGAAACUAGUCACGCAUGUGCUAAUUUAAUUUUUAAAGAUGUUCCAUUGAUAAAUUAUGCUAAGAUACCAAAAAUAAACUCUGGACAGUUUUUUAGAAGUCUUGCAAAUAACAUGCACUCUAGACUUUUUACAUUUCAGGCAUCAAACAUCGCAACUUCUGGCAAUACUUUCAAAAACAAAUAUGAAGAUCUCCUCAAAGACAUGGAAUUUCUUGAACCAAAAUCACGGCCCGAUAAUUGUGAUAUUCAAUUUGGAGAUAAUAAUGUAAGAAGGCUGACAGCUAUAUUUCAAGUCGAUGAAACAUCAACUAUACAAGGUUUUCGAGAAUAUAAAGACACUAGAGUUAUAUCAGAAAUAUCACCUUUAAAACCAUUAUUAGUAGCAAUCAAAACAAUUGCAAUUUCAUCAUCGGAAUGUGAAAGGACUUUCAGUGCUAUGAAUAACACUGUUACAUCUAAAAGAAACAUAUUAACUACACAACACAUCUCUUCACUCCUUUUCAUACAAUGUGUUGGUCCCCCAGUAAUAGCUUUUAAUCCAGCCAACUACGUUAAGUCAUGGAUCCUCAAUGGAAAAAGAGAUGCAAAUGAGGUAUGCUGUCCAAAACGACAAAUAAAAAACAGUGAUAAUAAUUAUUCUCAACUAUGGAACCUUUUAAAUGAAGAUAAAGUUUGA